AUGUUUAGUGAGAAUGACAGUUGCAUGACAGCUUUAGAAAUAUCCCUGAAAAUUCCAAAGAAGCUCAUUGAUAAAUGUUUGAGGCUAUAUCAUGAUAAUCUCUACGUUAUCUGGCCUUUACUCUCCUAUGAUAAUCUUCACAAACUUUUGGAGGAAAAAUACGAUGACUGCUACGCUUAUUGGUUUCUGGUAGCUCUUUCAGCGGCCACUCUCAGUGAUUUAAAAACUGAGGUAGAGUCCGAAGAUGGAACAUCUUUCAGCGGAAGAAAGUUGACAUUUCUUUGUAUAUCGUCCCGUCAGCAGUUUGAUGAUCUCGAUAACAGCGACCUGUUUAAAAUUAUGACAUACUACUGUUUGCAUCGUUGUUUCUCCCAGAUUUCCGAUACGAAAACUUCAUACAGGCUUUCUAGUGCGGCUAUUAGUCUCAUCAAAGUCACGGAAUUUCAUCGUGAAAAAACGUACGAAUCUCUUUCGUUUGAUGAACAGCAGCUCAGGCGAAAAGUGUUUUAUUUGCUUCUGUUGACAGAAAGAUACUAUUCCGUAUACAUUCAUUGUGUAACAAGUCUGGAUGCCACAAUAGCACCGCCACAGCCUGAGACGGUAACUGAUCCUCGACUUUCUUUGGACAGCUUUCUUGAGAUGAUAAGGGUCUUUACUGUACCAGGAAAAUGCUUCUUCGAUGCUUUAGCCACCGACUCUCCGGACCCUUUUUGUACCGAAGACUCCCUGAAGAAAAUAUGGAAAGAACUUCAUACGGCAUCACUAGAGAUAGAACCAUGGUCUUAUGGUUACGUGGACAUUUCUUUUUCUCGUCAUUGGAUAAGAACAUUGGCUUGGAGGCUAGUCUUUCGAAUGAACAAUAUUGAUUUUUUAUCCAACUCUAACAAUACGCACAUACCAGUUGAAAUUGCUAGGGACAUGCUAGAUGAUGUAUUUCUAACCCCAAACAAUCUAUAUGGAGUCCAUGGUCCUGGAAUUCCAACAAAGGCACUAGAAAUAGCCAAUGCAUUAGUAGAUGUCGUGAACCAGAAUGAUCAAAAGACAGAAUCGGAGGCUUGGGACGUUUUAUGCGAGAUAUCCAAGUUUGUUUUCUCUUUAAAUCACUAUGAUGGAAAAUUGGUUGAAAGCUUUGUGACUAAGUGUCAAAGUGCUCUCAUUACUCUUCCAAUCUCCAAACCCCCCAAAUCCGACGAAGACUUGAAAGAUGACUCUAAUAUAGUUUUCUGA